CGGACUAACAGAUUUAAACUCUGCCUUAAGAUGCGGUGGAAACUUUGGGGAAGUAGCAAAUUCUGAACAGCUUCUCCCUGACCAGGAAGAGCUGUGUCUAAAAGCUGUGUUAGGUUUGGUCUAAAAACCUAACUUUUUCCCUUCCACCUUCACUGCUCCAGCCUGCAGGAACUUUGUGAUUUUCGUGUCUGUUUCUGGACCUUUGAGACAAUUUCAAGGUUUUUUUCCCUCCUCCUGCUGCUGCAUUUUACGCUGACCAGGUUGGUCCCAGAGAGAUAAAAAUUACUUGCAAUUUUACUGAAAGUUUGGAUCUCUCUGCAAAUCGACACGGAAAGUAAGUUUGCUAAUUGUCUCCCUCCUUCCUUUUUGGUUUUUCUUUUAUAAUCCUGGGAUGCUCUCGCAAACAUAAACUUUUCGGAGAUUUUAUAAGACACGGAUUUAAACCUGGAUUCGGGCUGUCGCUCCUGUGGACUUGGUUGGAUAACCCUGUUUUAAUCUUUGGCUGCUGCAAGAGGUCUGUGUGGUGUUUUUUUUCCACGGGAUUGAACUCCUGUUCCAGAGGGCAAGCCAGGAUGCUGAGGCUUCUGCUGAGCGCGUUCCUCCCCUGCCUGAGUUUAUCUGCCCCGUCUCACAUUAACAAACUCGCCCUGUUUCCGGACAAGAACGCCUGGUGCGAGGCCAAGAACAUCACCCAGAUUAUCGGACACACCGGAUGCAAUUCUAAAUCCAUCCAAAACAGAGCCUGCAUGGGCCAGUGCUUCAGCUACAGCGUCCCCAACACUUUGCCGCGGUCGACGGAGUCCCUGGUGCAUUGCGACUCCUGCAUGCCCUCGAACAUCCAGUGGGAUAUCGUUUCGCUGGACUGCCCCCACAACGAAUACAGCUCCCGGGUGGACAAGCUGGUGGAAAAAAUCUUGCACUGCAGCUGCCAGGCGUGCGAGUUAGGCCAGCCGGAGUACCUGAACCUCGAAGAACGCCCCCAUCCCGACGGCCCCUUCAUCCACCUCCCUGCAGGCGAGGCUGCCAAGCCCCACGCCCGCCCGGAGUACGACUGAACUCCCACCCAAAGCCCCCCAAACUCCUCCGUUUCUCUCCCCGCUUCUCUCUUCUCUCUUCUCUCUUCCCCUUUCCCUUCCUGUUCCGGUGGGCGAAAGCGGGGAAACUGAGGCACAGAAUCCAGGGGGGGCCCUUUGGCCACCCGGGAGAGGACUGGAAGCUGGGCUUGUUGUGGGUGGGGACGCCUGUCUGGAUUUGGGAACCGGAAGGACGACGAAGAAGAAGAAGAGAGCCAAAAGCCCCUUUUCCUGCCAAGAUGGCGUCACCGUCGCCAGCUUGCGAAGGGAACCGUUUUUGUAAUUCCCUGGUGGGAGAUUCUGCCAGUUCCAGAUUUGGGGGUGGCGAAGUGGAAGGUGGCCAACAGGAAGGGAGGGCAUCUC